CAGAGGUGUGAGGAGAGUGUGAGAGCACUGCAGAUAGAAUCGUGGGGAGAUGAAGCCUGCACGUGUUCUGAUCUUUGCUCUUUUCCUGCUGAGCUCCAGGGCCGAACCCCAGGAGGCCGAGGAGCCUGAGAGCCACAUCACCACAGAGGCCGAGGAGAAGGAGAAGACAGAUGAAAUCACUGAGGAGAAAGAUGUCCUGGUGCUGCAUGAGAAGAACUUUGCUAGAGCUCUGAGUGAGAACAAAUAUCUGCUUGUGGAAUUCUACGCUCCGUGGUGUCGUCACUGUCAGGCCCUGGAGCCAGUUUACGCCGAGGCUGCUGCGCUGCUGAAGAACGAUUCCUCUCCUGCACGUCUGGCCAAAGUGGAUGCCACAGCGGAGAAGGAACUCGCUAAAGAGUUCGAGGUCAGCAACUUUCCAACGCUGAAACUGUUCACGGAGGGACGCAGGCAGAAUUCCACUGAAUUUACAGGGAAGCGUAAUGUGAAGAGGAUUCUACAGUGGCUGCAGAGACGCAUGGGGCCGAGCGUUGUUGUUCUGCAGGACAGCACACACACGCAGGAGCUUCUCGACACACACAGCGUGGUCAUACUCGGGUUCUUUCAGGACUUGGAAGGAGAGAAAGCUAAACUGUUUAAAGAUCUCACGCUGGACAUGGUGGAGUUUAACUUCGGCAUCACGAACAGUCCUGAGCUCUUCCAGAAGUACAACAUAGAACAGGAAGCAGUCGUGCUUUUCAAAAAGUUUGACGACAGGCGUACAGACAUGCCCCUGUCUGCGGAGGACAAUCUGGACAAGGAUGAGCUUGUCUCCUUCAUCCAGAGCAACAGCCUCGAGCUUGUUAUUGAGUUUAAUGAAGAGAACGGAGAUAAGAUUUUUUCCAAUAAAGUCCACAACCAUCUUCUUCUGUUCCUCAACACCAGCAUCGAGACCCACAGCGCUCUCCUGGACCACUACAGAGCCGCAGCCAGAGACUUUAAAGAGAAAAUCCUGUUCGUCACGAUAGACAUCACCACAGAUGUGUCCCACGUGCUAAAUUAUUUUGGUCUGUCUGCAAGUGAAGCCCCGAUCCUGCGAUUAAUCAACACUGACACACUGAAGAAGUUCUCCAUGGCAGAAACAACCAUCAACAAGGACACGCUGAAAACCUUCUGUCAGGACAUACUGGAUGGAAAAAUCAAGCCUCAUUUGAAGAGUGAAGACAUCCCUGAGGACUGGGACAAGAAUCCUGUCAAAGUCCUGGUGGGAAAGAACUUCAAACACGUCGUCUUCGAUGAGACCAAGAACAUCUUUGUGGAGUUCUAUGCCCCUUGGUGUGGUCACUGUAAGGAACUUGCACCUGAGUGGGAAAAGUUGGGUGAAAAGUACAAGGACCAUGAGAACAUCAUCAUAGCUAAGAUGGAUGCUACAGCGAAUGAUGUGGAGGAGGUGACGGUGGAGGGAUAUCCCACCCUCAAAUACUUUCCAGCAGGAACCGAGAGGAAGGUGAUUGAUUAUAACGGAAAGAGGGAUCUGGAAACAUUUGUUAAAUUCCUGGAUAAUGGUGGUGUAAUGCCAGAAGAAGAAGGUGGUGAUGAUGAUGAUGAUGAUGAGGAUGAAGAGCAGGAACAUAAAGAUGAGGUCUCAGGUGAAUCCACAGAAGAAUCAGACAGAUCGUCUAACAGCUCCAGCAGCAGAGAUGAGCUCUGAUAACAUCUCACACAACACACAGAUCGACGCUGAGAUGUUCCAUUCACACACAUUUCAGUCCCUCUGACUCACCAAUACACCAAUCGUGUAAAAAUAACAGAAUAAACAGAAUAAACGUCAUGUGCUCACUUCAACACACUCUAUAAAAAGCUUGAACUGAUGCUGAAUUGUUCUACCUACAUUUACUUCUACAUUCAGGGCAUUCAGCAGAUGUUUCUCUCCAGAGGGACUUACUAUAAUCUCAUUCAUACACCUGAGCAUUUGAGUGGCAGCAUGGAGGUGCUGGGAUUUGAACUCACAACCUUCUGAUCAGAGGUGUUUUAUACUUGUACUUUAUAGCAGAGUGAAAUUCUUUGUUCGCAGAUUCCAGUUCUAAUCAGUGAUGUACAUUUAAAAAAGAAUAAAUGAUUCGAACUCA